CAGCGCUCUUUUCCGCUGAAUAUUUUGCUGAGUGAGCACUCGAUGAUAGUGUACACUUAGUGCAAAAGUUCAAAAAGUGCAUGCAACACAAAUAGACCUACUACUCAACAUAAAACAGAACGUGACAAAUAUGAAUAAUAUUAAUAUAAUGUUUCAAAUUGCGGCUGAUGAUGGGCUGAAUAUGAAUAUUGUACGUAAUAUUGUCGAUAAUGUUAUCCAACCGUUGCCCGAAAAUAACUUAUACCCUAGACAACGUCGAGCUGCAAAAACGCGCAAUGUGGAAUAUUUUGAGUUAACAAUUCCGACAUAUACGGACGAUCAACUUAAAGAACACUUUCGAAUGACUCGAAGAACUUUUGAGGUAUUGCUGAACGUAGUUGGAAAUCAUAUGCAAAAUGAUCAACUGAAUGCCAAUCUCCCUCUGAAUAAGAAGUUAUUAUUUACUAUAUGGUUGUUAAAAUUAAUACCACAGUAUGUUCGGUGGUCAAAUGCUGUACAACGAGCUAUUUUAUCGCAAAUAUUCGCAGAACGUUCACAUGGCAUACGAAAUGUCGUGGGGGCAAUUGAUGGAUGCCAUAUACCAAUAAAGCAGCCACUUAGAAAUGCAAACGAUUAUUUCAACAGAAAACAAUUCCAUUCAAUAAUAUUACAAGGAGUUUGCGAUCAUUCUGCACGAUUUAUCGACGUGUUCAUUGGAAUGCCAGGAAGAAUGCACGACGCACGCGUAUUCAGAAAUAGUAGCUUGUUUCAAAAGUUGACGGAUAGAGAGAACCCACUUCUUACACACGAGCAUUUAAUUGGAGACAGCGCAUAUCCGUUAAUGUAUAAUUUAAUGACCCCAUUUCGAGAUAAUGGGCAUCUUCCUGCAGUUCACAUUCGCUAUAAUAUCAGAAUAAGUUCUAUUCGCUCGAUUAUAGAGCAAGCAUUUGGAUUACUUAAAGUAAAAUUUAGAUGUCUGAAAUAUUUAGACAUUUCCGAUGCAAACUUUGGAAACACAAUUAUAGCGUGUACAUACAUAUGAAUAUCUCUUAUUCAGAUGACUGAACAUCAAAAGAGAAUCAUUC